UUGGCCAUACGUACGUAGACGUACGUAUGACGUUAUUUUGAAAUUUCAGCGGUGAAGCGUUUGUUGUUGUGUGUCAUCGGGAGCUGCGCUGCAGCUUUAUCGAUACGGUUGGAAAUUCAAAAUUCGUUACGUACAGUUGAUUAAAAAUGUCUUUUUCAAGAGCCCCUUUGAAAAGGUUCAACGAGAACGUAGGUUGUGCCCCUCCACCGGGAUCCUAUGAGAUUAAACCUGGGGACCUGAAGGGAGCUGCUUCCUUCGACAAAUCUGAUCGAUUCAGACUUGUUAAAGCAGCCGCGCUGCCAAUACCAUCGCCCUCCAGAAAUGCCCUGAUGUCACCUGUCCGUAGGACUUUGUCGGUUGAUGGUCUUGUUGAAGGGUCGAGUGUAAAGAAAGAGAAGAAUGGCAUGACCGUCGCACGGAAGCAGCAGAAACUCUUGGAGAAAGAGAUAAGGUCCCUGGUUCAGCAGCGAGGGGAGCAGGACCGUCGCUUGCUGGCUGUAGAAGAGGAGCUGAAGAAGGUGGAGGCCAAGCUGCUGGCUGCAGUCAGGGAGAAGACAGGCCUUGCUGCCAAUGUUACCACCCUUGAAAGACAGCGAGUUGAGCUGAAGAAAGUCAACGAAUUCCUAAAAAACAAGGUUUCUGCUGACACUACAAAAAAGAGAAUCAAUUCUCUCACAAUGGAGUUGAUGGAGGCCAGGAACACUUUGGAUGUUAAAAACAAGGAGUUAAGUGUCCUGCAGAUUAACACAGAAGGCCAACUGAAGGUGCUCGAAACUGACCUCCAAGCUGCCAGGGCUACUGCCACUGCUCUAAAGGACAGGAAUAAAGACUUGGAGGACCUUCAUCAAGUGACCAAAUCCCAGAACGAAGAGCUGGAGAUUGAGAAUGCCAGAUUGCAUGCUGUGAUACGGGAGCUGAGGGAGGAGAUUAGAGUUGUGCAGGGAUACCUGGACGAAGCCAAUGACCAGAUCCAGGAUCUCCGCUUGAAACUCCAAGAGAAGAUACAGGAUAACACUGUUGCUGGUUCUCAGGUGGAGAAAGUGAAGCAACUACAAGAUGUGCUGAGACAAAAAGAGGAGGAGGCGCAGAAAUUCCAGCAAGAGCUACAGGCAUCAAAGGAUGCAUUAGUGAGAGUGGAGAAGAGGUUGGAGAACCAAGAGCUGGAGCUGAAGUCAUCACAAAAGUCAGUGAGUGACAUGGAGGAGCAAAUGAAUUCAGCUUACCAAGAAGUUAAAGACUCUCAAGCAACAGUUCGACAGCAAGAGGCAGAGCUUGCUAGACUGAGGGAGGUGCUCAGAAGGACGGAGAAGGAGCUAGAUGAGAGAGUGGCACAUCUUGAACAGAGGUAUCUGUUCUCUGAGGAAGAGAGAAGCAAGACUCAGGAGCAGGGGCUGAGGAGAGUGGAGGAGUUGAAAACAGAGCUUGUCUUGCUAAAGGAAGCUAAAAGAGAUGAGAAAAAGAGACAGGUUCAGCUCCAGCAAGAACAUGCUACUCUUACUGAGGAACUGACGAAAGAAAAGGCGCUUGUGGACUCCCUGUCUGUGCUGGUGGAGCAGGAGAGGGAGGAGUCUGAGGAGCGGUUGAGACAGCUAAAGGAGGAGAUGGAGGAGGUGCUGGGAGAGCUCACUCUCUUGGAGGAUCAGGAGCAGAGGAUGCAGGAGGAAAACAACGAGCUGGAGAGACAGCUGCGUGAUACCAGGGCACUGUUGGAGAGUAAGAGCGAUGAUGUGGCCGCUUUAAAAGAGGAGCAUUUAGCAGCCAUGAGAGAACUCCAAGAGGCACACACAAACUCACUCAGCAAGAUGGCGGACAUUGUCACAGAGAUGGAAAGCUCCAAAGAGGCCCUGAAGGGAGCAAAGGGAAGACAGAAAACACUGGAAGUGGAGGUGGAGAGAGUGACCCAGCAGAUGAAGGAGGAGAUGGACAAAGUGGUGCAACUGAGAGAGGAGAUCAACAGAAUGAAGGAGGUGUUAGAGGAGCACCAGGAGAGAGAGUUAGCUGAAGCAAAAGCCAGGGAGGAGAAUUCAAGAAUGUUGCUGGAGGUGCAGACUCGCCUUGCACAAAAAGAUGAGGAGAUGAAGACCAUGGAGGCGAGACACGCUGCCCUGAUCAGUCAGCUACAGCAGGAGCUACAGCUGCAGACAAAGGAGAGAGUAGAGGCACUGGGGCUACUAGAGGAACAGAGAGGUCAGAGUGUAACUCAGCUCCAAAAUGAGAAGGAAAAAGCCCAGGAACUGCUUGAGGAGGUCAGCCAGGAAAAAGAGAAAAUAAUGGAACAGCUCCAACAACAAAGAGAAGAGAGAGUUAAAAUUCAGACAGCCCUUCAGGUGGAAAGGGGAGCAUUGGAGGUUGAAAGGAAAGACCACCAGCAGGUCAGGUCAGAGGUGCUCAGACUACAGACAGAGCUUGGGAGAGUAGACGAGGAAAGGAAAAGUCUUCUGUCUCAAGUAGAACUCAAAGACCAGUCCAGGCUUGCUCUUGAAAAUCAACUUAACAUGGCAGAACAGGAAAGAAAGCAGCUUCAGUCUCACCUGGACAAGGUUGAACAAGGGAGUUUGAGCUUCCAGGCCCAGUUAGACCUUAUGGAGGAGAACACACGGGCUCUGCAGCGUGAGCUGCAAGAACAACGACAAGACAGACGGACUCUGCAGGAGCAGGUAGAAGUUCUGACUCAGGAAAAGGUUAUGCUGCAGUGGGAGAUGGAGGAGCAGCGACAGGAACUCCAAAAACAAAUAACUGAAGCACAGGAGAAAAGCUCCCCAAGGUCAGAGACAGAACACUGGAGGAAACAAUAUGAGGAGCUGUUUGCGAAAGUCAGGCCCUUCCAGGAACAGCUCAAUGCGUUUGCAGCAGAGCGAAAUGCACUAGUCAAUGAAAAUGGAGCAAACCAGGAGGAGUUAAACAAGUUGGCUGAUGCUUAUGCUCGUCUGCUGGGCCACCAGAACCAGAAGCAGAAGAUCAAACAUGUGAUGAAGCUGAAAGAUGAGAAUAUCUCCCUAAAACAGGAGGUGUCUAAGCUUCGGUCCCAGGUGAGCCGGCAGAAGAGUGAUCUGGAGCAGCUGAAGUCAAAGCUCCCUGGUGCUCCUCGCCGCAGGUUUGAUCCCAGCAAAGCUUUCCACCACGACAAAGAGAACGUGCAAACUGAAACAACUAAACCCCUUAAAGAAGGAAAUCAUUAUGCGUAACGGAGCUCCUCUACCAGACAAGAACUGACAACCAAUUGGCUGCCAAAUUUAAUUUCUUUGGUUUGGUCUUUUGAAUACUUAUCAACUUCUUAUUUGGAAGCUUUUUAAUCUGGAUUUGUACUAAUAAUUCUGUGUCAAUUUUAAUGUAAUGUAGUGUAAUUUAUCAUUCUUAAGUGUUAACUGUCUUUCCACAUGCUGAUGUGUGUCAAAUUGUUGCGUAGAGAGCGAGAAUAUACGUUAUCUGUUUUGAUUUUAAAAAGAAAUGUUAGGAGUAGAUUGUGUGUGUGUGUGUGUGUGCAGGAGCAGUGUGUGAAAAUAAUGAGGAAAUAGAUGGCACACAAUCGAGAGAACAAAAACAUAGUCAGCAUAAAUAAACAUUUGAGAUGCGUUAUAUUUUUAAAUGUGUUUUGGGAUUUUAGCUUUGUAACUUGCUUAGCAUUUCUUAUGGUAGCAGAACCAGUAGCUAUCACAUGUGGGGUAGCUCUUUAUAAAUCUUUCUUCUUUGUAAAUAAAGACAGAUUUUAAUGCUCUUCUUAAA